UAAAGGCAAACAACCCCAGUCAGCACCAUCUGACCAUCUCUCCCAGUACCACCAUGCUGGCCUCAGGGCUGCUUCUGGUGGCUUUGCUCACCUGCCUGACCACAAUGGUCUUGAUGUCUGUCUGGAGGCAGAGGAAGCUCUGGGAGAAGUUCCCUCCAGGACCCACCCCAUUGCCCUUCAUCGGGAACUACCUGCAACUGAACACUCAGCAGAUGUCUGAUUCCUUCAUGAAGAUCAGCGAGCGAUAUGGCCCAGUCUUCACGGUCCACCUGGGGCCCCGGCGCAUCGUGGUGCUGUGUGGACACGAGGCAGUGAAAGAGGCUCUGGUGGACCAGGCUGAGGAGUUCAGCGGGCGAGGCGCACAGGCCACCUUCGACUAUCUCUUCAAAGGCUAUGGGGUGACGUUCAGCAACGGGGAGCGUGCCAAGCAGCUCCGGCGCUUCUCCAUCACCACGCUGCGGGACUUUGGAGUGGGCAAGCGCGGCAUUGAGGAGCGCAUCCAGGAGGAAGCGGGCUUCCUCAUUGAAGCCUUUCGGGGCACACACGGUGCCUUCAUCGAUCCCACCUUCUUCCUGAGCCGAACAGUGUCCAAUGUCAUCAGCUCCAUUGUCUUUGGGGACCGCUUUGACUAUGAGGACAAAGAGUUCCUGUCACUGCUGCGUAUGGUGCUGGGAAGCUUCCAGUUCACAGCUACCUCUAUGGGGCAGCUCUGUGAAAUGUUCCAUUCAGUGAUGAAGCACCUGCCAGGGCCACAGCAACAGGCAUUUAAGGAGCUGCAGGGUCUGGAGGACUUCAUAGCCAAGAAGGUGGAGCAAAACCAACGCACCCUGGACCCCAACUCCCCGAGGGACUUCAUCGACUCCUUCCUCAUUCGCAUGCAGGAGGAGCAGAACAACCCCAACACGGAGUUCUACAUGAAGAACCUGGUGCUGACCACACUGAACCUCUUCUUUGCGGGCACUGAGACGGUCAGCACAACCCUGCGGUACGGCUUCCUGCUGCUCAUGAAGCACCCAGAGGUGGAGGCCAAGGUCCAUGAGGAGAUUGACCGGGUGAUUGGCAAGAACCGUCAGCCCAAGUUUGAGGACCGGGCCAAGAUGCCCUACACAGAGGCGGUGAUCCAUGAGAUCCAAAGAUUUGGAGACAUAAUCCCCAUGGGCCUGGCCCGCAGAGUCACCAAGGACACCAAGUUUCGAGAGUUCCUCCUCCCCAAGGGCACUGAAGUGUUCCCUAUGCUGGGCUCCGUGCUGAGAGACCCCAAGUUCUUCUCCAACCCCCGAGACUUCCACCCCCAGCACUUCCUGGAUGAGAAUGGGCAGUUUAAGAAGAGUGAUGCUUUUGUGCCCUUCUCCAUUGGAAAGCGGUACUGUUUUGGAGAAGGCCUGGCUAGAAUGGAGCUCUUUCUCUUCCUCACCACCAUCUUGCAGAACUUCCGCUUCAAGUCCCCGCAGCUGCCCCAAGAUAUCGACGUGUCCCCCAAGCUCGUGGGGUUUGCUACCAUCCCACGAAAUUACACCAUGAGCUUCCAGCCCCGCUGAACAAGGGCUGUGGGAGCGCA